AUGGAGGAGGUGGUGGCCAUGGCGAUGACCUCUCCCCUGGGGCCGGCCGUCCCCUCCUCUCCUGCCGGCGCAUCCUUCCGGGACCUCCUCCCCCACUUCCGCUACUUCUACACCAGCGCACCCACCAGCCCCGCCCACGCCGCCGGCCUCUACGGUUGGGAGGCGACCGACGCGCCGACGAGCCCUAAACCGGAAGAAGGUGAUACUGACUUCGCCUUCUACACCCAAUCGGAGGGGGAGUGGCCGAUGCAGCCCUUCGCCACCGCCGACGAGCUUUUCGAGGAGGGGAUGAUCCGCCCCCUGAUCCCCAAUCCGCGGUAUUGCGCAUCGAGACCAAACCUUAGUUCGCCUGGUGCUUCGAUCAUGAUCGAAGCAUCGAGAAGAGAUCGAGGGAGGGGCAAGUAUUCCGCCCCUGGCGGGGGCGGGAGCGGCGAUGCGCCGCUUGCUAGGGGGCAUCGAGGAUCGCGAUCGCUCUCCCCGACGAGGAGAGGCGAAGUCUUCUCCCCCAAAUCCCCAGAUCCCUCCUCCGCCCUGCUGAAGGGCGGCGGAGGCGGGAGCAAGAAGUGGAAGCUCAAGGAUCUGUUCCUCUUCCGCAGCGCGUCGGAGGGCCGCGCGACGGGGAGGGGCAGCAGGGACCCUCUCCGCCGGUACUCCGCUCUCCCCCGCGGCCCUGCCGGAAACGCACCGUCCCCGCACGAGGCGUACUACUCGGCGCACCGAGCGGCGUCGGAGGAGCUGAAGAAGAAAACGCCGCUUCCCUACCGCCGCCAGGGCCUGUUCAGCUGCCUCGGCCUCAGCCCGGCCGUCGACGGCCUCAAAAAAGGUUUCAGUGCCUCCUUCUUCUCCCCUAAAUGA